AUGGCACUGAAACGUGAGGUUGUACUGAGUGGACUAACCGCAUUACAGCAUCACCGCAGUGCAAUGGAAGCAACAACCGCGGUGUAUGGAUGCAUUGGUGAAGAGAUAAACCCCGGUGAUGCCUUGUGUGAAAUUCAAACAGAUAAAGCUACAAUGACGCUGGAUACAGAAGAUGAAGGAAUUCUUGCCAAAAUAGUGAAAGCUGAUAAUUCUAACGAUGUUAAAGUUGGUGCGUUAAUUGCGAUAAUGUGUGAUAAAGAAGAAGAUUGGAAAAAUGUUAAAGUACCCGAAACUGAAGCUAAAGCAGCUCCAGAAGCAAAAAGUAUACCAGAGCAGAAAGACGGUAAACAACAACAACACAACAUAGAAAAACAACAAAGUGAACAGUCAAAAGAACAGCAACGAACAGCAUCGCAUCAUAUGAUAGGACCAGCUGCUCGGACAUUAAUGGAGCAAUAUGGAAUUGAUUCAUCAAAAAUACAGGGAUCUGGUCCAAAAGGAGUUAUCAUGAAAAGUGAUGUUCAAAAAUAUAUUGACUCUAAACAGUUGAAAAUCAAAUCUCAUACUCAACAGGAUGAAAAACAACAAAAAUCAGAAGAAAAGAAGAAAUCCAGCGAACAAGUAACUCCAAUACAACAACAGAAAUCAAAACCACCUAGUUCAUCGACAUCUCAAGGACGUCGUUAUCAUGAUGUUGAAUUAUCGUCAAUUCGCAAAGCAAUUGCAAAACGUUUGACGUAUUCAAAAACUUCUAUACCUCACCAAUAUGCUAGUAUAUCGUCAAAUGUCGAUCGCGUAUUACAGUUAAGAAAACAGAUGAUCGCCGAUCCAAAAGCAAUUACAAAAGUAUCUGUUAAUGAUUUUAUUAUCAAAGCAGUGGCAUAUUCAUUGAGACAAGUUCCACAAAUGAAUGGUAUAUACGAAAAUGAUAACUUAAAAUUACACUCCACUGUUGAUAUUUCCGUUGCUGUUGCUACUGACUCUGGUCUCAUUACACCCAUUGUCUUUAAUGCUGAUCGUCGCACUCUGAAUGAUAUCAAUCUUAAUGUUAAAAAUUUGGCUGUCAAAGCUCGUGAAGGCAAAUUGAAACCGAAUGAGUUUCAAGGUGGCACAUUUACAAUAUCUAACUUAGGAAUGUUUGGCAUAUCACAUUUUUCAGCUGUUAUUAAUCCACCUCAAUUAGGUAUUUUAGCUAUUGGUAAAAAUGAUCUACAGUUGAAUGAACAAUUAAAAGCGGUGAAUAAAUUAAAAGUAACUUUAUCGUAUGAUGCACGAGUUUGUGAUCCAGCAACAACUGCUCUGUUCUUACAAGCAUUCCAGUCUUAUAUGGAAUAUCCAGAAAUGUUAACAAAAGGAAAAACAGAAACGAUUUUUGACUUUUAG